AUCCAUGAAAUAAGUAAUUUUUACCAUACUCCUCCCUUUACGGACCAAAGAGUCGUGCUGGGUAAGUUGUGCCUGAAAAGGUGUUAUUUUUUUCCUUUUCCUAUUCGCUUCUCCGUUAGUCUCAAUUUUUUUUUUUUUUUUAAACGAGAAGGGAUACAAAACGUGUUUGCGGGGAAUGUCUUUAUAAAGAUUUUAUUGUAGGGUUGUGAUAAAAUUUGCCAUUCUUGCCACUUUUAGGUAGUUUUCCAAGAUCGCAUUGGUUUAUCUGUUAUAAAUAUCAUUCAUAAACCACUAUUAUCUUUUACAACUUCUCAAACGCAAUUUGUGAGCACUGAUUAUGGAAUUAUGAUCUCUGUAUCCUGAAUAUUGAUAUUUAAGAAAUAUUGAUAGCGCAAAAAGGUAAAUCUUUAGCCUAAUUGCUAUCAAAGACCAUUUAGUCUAGCAUAUAUAACUUUGAGAGAAGAAGUAGGACUUACCAUCAAAAUUUACUUACGUUGAAAAUACUUUGUUUUUUUGCCACAACUAAUUACCCAUUAAUUCUUGUUUGCAGGUAAUUUAGUGUUAACAACUGAGUUGAAAACGUAAAUUGGCCACCGUAAAGAGUUAAAAGGCUUUUAACUCUUUACGGUGGCCAAUUUACGUUUUCAACUCAGUUGUUAACACUAAAUUACCUGCUAUACUUUCCCACCGACGCAGCAUUUCAGCUUCUUUAGAAACUUACCCCCUUAAUUCUUGUUUGCGUUUGGUAUAAAAUUAAAUACUUCCAGUUUAUUGUUUUCGGUCUCUUCUUGGGUGGAAAGUGACUCGAUGUUUCAAUGUAUUCUUAAACAUUAAUCUCUCGAAAGCAAGAGAGUUAUUUUUCCAAAACAACAAGAAAUUUUUCUUUGUCUCGUUUUUCUCUUUAGUAUAGUCCUAAUUUUCUGGCGAACUCGUUUCCAUUUUAUCUUCUUCUUCUUUGAUUUCCUCUGUGAUUAACAGCAGAGGAAGGAAUGUUGAUCUUAUUUUAUUAUCACUCGUCUUACUUUUAUAUAUUUUAGCCAUAUAUAGAAUGGCAUCACUCGCCUUUGGACUGUUGCUGUUUUUGGCGACACUUUGCACGUUUCCAAGUUCAACAUUACAAGCGUGUACCCAGUUCACAGAUAUGGAAACUGAAAUGGCCAAGGAAGGAUACGCUUACUGUCCACACAAAGAUGAUAAGUUGUAUAUGGCUGGAUUUACUCGGAAGCAAGGAACUGAUGAUCUGAGGGACUUUAGAACUUAUAUUUGCUGUCAGCCUCCUUUAGAGCACAGAAAGAAGCCUUACACGUGUACGUCAGCUGACUGGGACAUGAGUUUUUCAAGGUGUGUUAUUUUGAAACGGAGUUAUCAUUUCAUCCAGGCGAGUUUUCAAUCGUUUGCUAACCAUGAUCACUGAACCAAACGCAAUGUUGUUGUAGUCUUAUACAGUGUUACUAAGUGUUGCGCGCUUUUGAGGCGUUUGAUGGAUUUUUUUUGAGUGUCCCUUAUUUAACUACUCGGCCUUGUCUUACCUUGUACCAGUGUUUAAACGAUAUUCUAGUGUCUGCUAAGUCCAAAAGAAAAACACACAAAAAAGCAAACAGACAGGCAAAAGAAGCGUUUAACGUUACCCAUUACGUUACCCAUUGGCCCAUUCAAGCAGCUCUAUUACUUUCAUAACCUCUAAACAUCUGUUCACAAUUUGAAGUUAGUGUUGGUAAUAUUCAUGCAUUCCAAUCCACUUCAACUGCUCGUCUGUGCUUCUAUUUGCUUCGAAGGGAGGGCUGGGCCAUUUGUCCAUCAGGGCAUUUCCUUCGUGAACUUCAUCGUGGCGAAAGGCAUGAACUGAAGAGCAUCAAGUGGGCCACAUGCUGUAAGCCAGCACUUCAUCCUCAUUGGUACAAACAAUGCUAUGAGCAAGACGUUGGGCAAGGCAUGAAGUGCACCAGGAAUGGUUAUUAUGUGGUGGGAAUUCAUAGAGGUGCCUCUGAAAAGCUUUCCAGCAUCAAUAAGCUUAGAUGCUGCAACAUGUAUGAUAGUAGGUAUCUCUUUGAGGCUAGGCGACCAUGUGGCUAACAUAGAUUCCAUUUCGAAAUAAUUAAUUCAAUUAUUGGCCGUCAUACAUUUGAUAUUGAUGAAUUAUGAAACCAGACGCCAUCAAACUGAGGCAUCGCUAAACGCGCUAGGUGAUAUGAAGGAGUUGCCACGCUAUCCUGUGAAAUUAGGCUAUCUUGUUGGCGUUACUUGCAUUUAACCCUUGAAAGCGAACUACUUGAAAUUUCCAGCCAUCUUGGCAUUCCCUUGCCAAGAUGGCUGGAAAUUUCCCUCCUCCCCCCCCCCGAAAGGAUGUCACGUUAUGUCAUGUUUGCCUUACACGUGAUGCCCCUUUUUUGGAAGUAAGUUAUUUGUUUUUCCUCGACAGAGCCGUUAGUGCUCAAGUCAGUAUUAGACGUCAAGACAAGAGUCAUGGAUAUUACACAAAAUAACCUGGCCUUGUUGGCCAAUUAUCUCGGCUAUGGUUGGGCGAGUGGCUGUCGAGGUAGAGUUGCUGGUCAGGACUUUGUACGGGACGGUGACUCCUGGAGGUCACAUUACCAGCGAGGAUGUAACGGAUACAUGUCAACGACUCGUCUGAAAAUCAAUUACGACAACUUUUCGUUUAGAGUAAAGAACAUUGACUAUGGGAGGCCGGAAAUUGAGUCAAUGAAGCCCAUUGUGCAAGAUGUAGGAGAGUUAAAGAAUCUGGAUUCCCAAACGGUGAAAAGUACGAUAGCAAGACAAAUCAAGACUGUCCGCACUGUGACUCAUUCGUCUUCCACCAGGUUCAAAUCAGGUUGGGGUGCCUCCAUCACUCUCAGUUACAAGUCUCCAGGAUUGGUGGGCGAGGUUGCCACGGGAACCUUCAAGGCAUCUGUGACGUUGUCAGGGGGAAGGGAAAGUGCCCAGCUGAACACAAAUGAAAAUGGUGAUAUUAAUUGGGAUAUUGUGCAAGUGAAGGAAUCGCAGAAAACAGAAGGCAACUCAGGUUCUUCGUAUCAAAUAACUACCUCCCAGAAGAAAGUCAACGUUCCUUACAAAGCCACCAUAAAAGUUCAAUUCACUGCUACCCUCGAUGGCUUCCUUGUCUGGGGAGGAGGUCCCAAUGGGGAUAAUCCCAACUACCACGAGAGCUAUCGAGGCUCCGAUGAGCGGCCUAUUUUUAAGUACCAAAUUGGCACAAAGAAGGUACCCUUCUAUAAGUUCUUGAAGCAGGCGAGUCAAAGAGGUGACAGUCCUUGGUUAUGGAACCUAAUGAAGCAGGAUUGGCCAUAUGUCAAAACCAUUAUAGACAUACUCACCGACGAGACUCUCUACGAAUUUGAUCUCGAGGGAAAGUUCCAUGAUAUGGCUGGUCUCGAUUUCAAUGUACAGUGGGAUGAUGUAGCAGUCGGGAACGGUAAUUCUACCACCAUUGCAUGA